AUGGAGGCCCUGCGACUGGCGAAUUCUGCUUUUGCAGUCGACCUGUACAAACAGCUGUGUGAAAAGGAGCCGGCGGACAACAUCCUCUUCUCUCCUAUCUGUCUGUCCACCUCUCUGUCACUUGCUCAAGUCGGUGCCAAAGGGGACACAGCAGAUGAAAUUGGACAGGUCCUUCAUUUUGAAAAUGUCAAAGAUGUGCCCUUUGGAUUUCAAACAGUAACAUCGGAUGUCAACAAGCUGAGUUCCUUUUACUCCCUGAAAUUAAUCAAACGGCUCUACGUAGAAAAAUCUCUGAAUCUUUCUACAGAGUUCAUCAGCUCCACCAAGAGACCCUAUGCAAAAGAGAUGGAGACUGUUGAUUUUAAAGAUAAAUUGGAAGAAACGAAAGGUCAGAUCAACAACUCAAUUAAGGAACUCACAGAUGGCCACUUUGAGAACAUUUUAGCUGACAACAGUGUGAAUGACCAGACCAAAAUCCUUGUGGUUAAUGCUGCCUACUUUGUUGGAAAGUGGAUGAAGAAAUUUCCUGAGUCAGAAACCAGAGAAUGCCCUUUCAGAAUCAACAAGACAGACACCAAGCCGGUGCAGAUGAUGAACAUGGAGGCCACGUUCUGUAUGGGCCACAUCGAUGGUGUCAACUGUAAGAUCAUAGAGCUUCCCUUUCAGAACAAGCACCUGAGCAUGCUCAUCCUGCUACCCAAGGACGUGGAGGAUGGGCCCACGGGCCUGGAGCAGGUCGAAAAACAACUCAACUCAGAGACGCUCUUGCAGUGGACAAAUCCCAGCAUGAUGGCCAACGCCAAAGUCAGACUCUCUAUUCCAAAAUUUAAGGUGGAAAAGAUGAUUGAUCCCAAGGCUAGUCUGGAAAACUUAGGGCUGAAAAACAUCUUUAAUGAGGAUACCUCUGAUUUCUCUGGGAUGUCAGAGACAAAGGGAGUGGCCCUCUCAAAUGUCAUUCACAGAGUGUCCUUAGAAAUAACUGAAGAUGGUGGGGAUUCCAUAGAGGUGCCAGGGUCACGGAUCCUGCAACACAAGGAUGAGUUCAAUGCUGACCACCCCUUUAUUUACAUCGUCAGGCACAACAAAACUCGAAAUAUCAUUUUCUUUGGCAAGUUCUGUUCUCCUUAA